AUGAUAACUCUCGAGCUUGUCUCCGUCCGUGACGUGCACUGCACCGACGCCAUGCCGCGCUCUCCGGCGCAGGACAAGCCAUUCAUGCGAAUGAGACAGAGAGACCGAAACGCAACGAGAGAGAGAGGUGAGAAAGAACGAUCAACGAAAGAACAGAAUACAAAAAAGGGGGUGAAAAAGGAAAGAGGGUUGAAUAAUAAUAGAGAUGUCAAAGAGAGGAAACCGAAAAAGAUAAAUGGAGCAACAGUAUUCAACAGCGUGCAGUUUUCGUGUGUGUGUGUGUGUGUGUGCGAGUGUGUGUGUGUGCGAGUGUGUGUGUGUGUGCGAGUGUGUGUGUUGCGUGAGUGUGUGUGUGUGAUGCGUGAGUGUGUGUGUGUGAGUGAGUGUGAGCGACGCAAGUGCCCCGUUGAGAGGAGCCUGUGCUUGGGUUGCAGGGGCGCGCCCCGGGGGCGGGGGCGGCUGGCCGCCGGUCGCCGUUGCCGUCCCUCUCCCAGCUUCCCUCCAAGGUAG